AGCAACAACAAUGACAUACACCCUACAACUCAUCACACCCACAUUCUUCCAAGCACAUCCACUAGUAUAUAAAGGGUAGCACUGUUAUCCUCAUUCUCAUAGCUCAACCAUAAAAACAUUGAAUUUUCAUUACCAUUGUUGUGUUGCUGCAAUAUGACUUCAAGUUCAGGUUGGACAACAAAGCAGAACAAGAGAUUUGAGAAUGCUCUGGCCAUUUACGAUAAGGACACGCCGGAUCGGUGGCAGAAACUGGCCCGGGCCGUCGGAGGGAAGACAGUGGAGGAAGUGAAGAAGCAUUAUGAGAUGCUUGUGGACGACUUGAAGCAGAUUGAGGAAGGUCAUGUGCCCUUGCCUAACUACAGAAAUGCUGCAACAAUAGGAGGCAGCAACAAAGGUUACACUUAUAUGGAUGAAGAACAAAGGAUGAAAUUUCUAAGCCUCCAGUGAAGUAUGAAAGUGGCAGAGCCAGAUUUGGUGGGGGGAAAAAAGAGGAGACCUUAACAUAUUACCAAUCAAAUUAAGUGCAAGAUCAAAUUGCAUAUGCACCUAGAUUGGUUCUAUAAUAAAAAAAGCAUUUUUUUGUUUUCCCCUUACUUUCUAUUCAUGUCAAGUAUCACUCCUUUGUUACAUGGAGAAGCUAUAAAACGUAACUUCUGUAAUUGUAUGCUUUGGAUAAUGUGUUUGCCCUGAACUCAAACACACUCUUUCUUAACUGUUUUAAUUGUAUAAAUCAAAUUAUCUCAAGGAUAUGCCCCUAUUGGCCUAUUUUGAUGGUAAAGCAUGGCCAUUGAAUAUCAGUUUCGGUCAAAUUCUUUUUAAUUUA